CCCGGCCCCGCGGCCAUGGCGGGGGGGCCCGGGCCGGUCGCGGGGCGGCGGGCGGCGGCGGCGGCAGGCGGGGGCCGGCCCUUCCCGCGGGAGUGCUGCGAAGGGCUGGGCGGCCUGGAGUACGGCCAGGUGGAUGUGACAGCCAUGGCGCGGCUCUUCAGCUACGUGGACGUGACCGACUCUGGCUUCAUUGCAGCUGUCCUCUCCAUCGCCUUCAACCCGUUCUUCUGGAAUGUGGUAGCCAGAUGGGAGCACAAAACACGAGCACUCAGCCGAGUCUUCGGCUCUCCGCAUGCUGCCUGCUACUGCCUGGGCGCUGUUAUCCUGAUGCUUAACUGUGUGCGGAGCCAUUGCUUCACAGAAGCCAUGAAGAGCCAGCCGAAGCUGGAAGGCUUGGACUCUCACUGGGCCUAUUACUUGGGCUUCACCAUCUUGGCUGUAGGGAUCUUGUUUGUCAUCUCCAGCUUCUUAGCACUGGGAUUCACUGGGACAUUCCUAGGUGAUUACUUUGGCAUCCUGAUGGAGGCAAAAGUGACCAGCUUCCCCUUCAGCGUCCUGGAUAAUCCCAUGUACUGGGGCAGCACAGCCGUCUACCUGGGCUGGUCCCUCAUGCAUGCAAGCCCAGCUGGCCUUUUGCUGACAGCAGUAGUGGCAAUUUCCUACACAAUUGCGAUGCUGUAUGAAGGGCCUUUCACAGAGGAAAUAUAUCGGCAGAAACAGAAGGGAGUGAAGAACAAGUAGCGACAGCAGUGUCUCGGAUACCUCGGCACAACAUGCCUCUACGGUUCCAACGCUGUCCGAUUUGCCCAUUUUCCUAUUGAGAUGUAUCCUACUAAUUAACCCAGCAACCCUUAAUGAGCCAACUGAGCACCCUGCAGUAUUGGAAGUGAUCAGAGGAACAGCCUGAGCACGGCGGCACCUCCUUGCUGUAGCCCACAGGAGCUGGAGGUCCCUGUCCUUAGGUCCUUGUCCCCAUGGCCGGGUCACUGUGGCUCUUGCCACAAAGGUGACGCUCUCCUGGGAGCCGCAUGGUGCGGGAGCUCCCGACCUCUCCUCCCACACCAGUUAUUGAAGAUCUGCAGGGGAAAAAGCAACCCAGCUCCAGCCCCGGACUGGAGGGCGAGCAGAAUAAUGAUGGAGACACUGGGGGCCUUUUGUAAGCGAGCUCUGAGCACAGGGAAGCACCAGCUUCGGCUGAUGCUGAAGAUCUUCUGAAGAUGCUGCCAAAGAGCCAGAGGAAGCAAACAAAAGCUUGGCUGAAGCAACAGAGAGGGCUCGGAAGCCCCUGGGGUGUUCAAACACAGCUUGGGAAGGAAGAGGGGAAACUGCUGCAAAUUCAGCAACAAAACCUGCCAUAAACCCAGCAACAAACCUCAUCUUUUCUGGGAGAGGGAAACCGCCCCGUCCAGAGCUGCGGUUUCCCACUGGCUCAGAGCCCUGUAGCAUCUCCGCACAAUUUGCAAAGGCUCCAAAAAAGGUGACUGAAAAGCACGUAGACCUAAGCCACUGCCCGAGGGGGAUGGAGGGAUGGCAACCAUCCCGUGGGGAAGCCCCAGCAUGGAGAAGACCAAGGGGAAGAGUCAGUCCCCAUCCAUACCCUGCAGAUAUCCCACCCCUGGCCGUGUCAGUGCCCUGGUCCCCUCCACAGCCACCCAGCCCUUCAUUUUCCCCAGGGACCACGUGAGGGUCCUGCCUGCCUUCCCCACAGCCAGUGCCUUCCAGCUAUUUUUCACUGCCUUGCAGGGGCGGUGGGUGGGAGGGAGGGAAAAGGCUGCUUCUGCCUUCUGCACUGUGCAGCAGCCAGGUACAGAUCUGCCUCUCCGCCCCUGCCACCAGCCUCAGCGAGUCCCGAAGAGCUUGGUGCCGGAUCCUGCCCCGAACGGGAAGAUCCCAGAGAUGAUGCUCCAGGCCCAGGCUCAAUGUUUACAGAUUCCCAGAACAGUUUGAGAAAUAAGCUGUAAAUGACAUUAAAAAAGCUGCGUAAAGCCCCCGGCAGCGGCGCUGGAGGAGGGAGCUGAGCUGCUGCCGGCUCCCACACAGGCACCGGGAUGCGGUGCCGCGUGUCAGCAUCGUGUCGUCCCCUCUGCAGAGGGUCCUCCCUUUUCUCAGCGUCGCCUCUGUGAAACGGUCCGAUUUCCUUUUGCUUUCGCAUGUUGUAAUUCACCCUUUGGGCAUUGCUCAGCAGGAAUUAAAAGUGUUGGUUUCUUUUC